AUGAACUCAACAGCCUGUGUCAUCGAGGCUAACCCCGAUGUAUCUGGACUCGGAAUCCGUGUAUCGAUCUACGCCCUCUGCCUAGGCGGGUCGAUCGUUAGCUAUCUACUCCGCGUAUUUGCCCCAGGCGAAGACCAAGAAGAGUUCUCGCGAGGCGUCUCCUCCGCCCUCGGCCUGCAAGGCCUAGCCCUCCUCUGCACAGCAAUCUACCAGACAGUUCGGGGCGACCUAACACUCUUCCAUGCGAUAUGUGUCGUGCACCUUCUUGCCAUACUCGGCAUGAACAUGGUGAGCAAAGGCCGGUAUGCAGGACUCGGCCCAUGGCGACUGUAUUUCUUCUCCGCAAUCCAGGUCCUGGCUUUGGCGGCGUUCCUCGCUUUAAACGUCUAUGUCUGGGUGAAGGCACCGCAAUUUGGUAGCCAGCCCCAGUGCAAUAAGGAUACGGUGUAUGUGGUAUUUGGUGUCAGCAUCAAAGCCACUUCUCCUGUAUUCCGGUAUAUCAUUCUCGCGACGCUGGGUGCAGUUGUGGCUGGUUAUGCUCUUACUUUCACGUGUAUGUUACCGUGCCUGUGUGGGUACGUUGUGUAUCGGAGACGGCAUCCCGACGCUGGAAACAGGAUUGAGGGUCAGAAGAGAAGUUGGAUGAAUUGGUUUGUGGAGGUUAAUCGUCCUGUUUACCAAGAUCGUCCUGAGGUACCCGAGAGGCUGCAUGGCAAGGCGCUGCUCAACUUUACGCUGAACAAGGUCGCGUACUGUUCGUUCUGCAUAUACUUGAUUGUCUCGCUGGAACAGACUAUUAAUCGCAACGACCUCGACCCUGCAGAGAAAGGGUGGACGUUCGGACAGGUUAUUGCGAUUUUUUUGUUGCUGGGUGUCGCCAAUGAGCUACUUAAUGUUCUUCUUGCGAGUUGGGAUCGGAAGCAGGCUGAAAGUUCUCAGCAGCUAGUGCAGUUUAGGCCGGGCACUGGGAACUCGGUGCAUUCCUCAUCUUCUUGA